AUGUUCAAAAAGAAGAUUCUAGAACGCAGUUCCCUCAUUAGCGUGAUCGCUGGAAUUAACGACGAGAAAGAUUACAGAUCAGCCUACGAACGCCUCAGAAUGCUAUUCCAUGAUGAAGUCGUGGACCACCAACAUAAUGGAUACAAGAAACUUUAUUCAACUAUAAAUAAGAAAAUGACGCCUUACAAACUAGGAUGGCUCAAAGCGGAUAUUCCUGGUGACCGCAUAGUUGACCCCCCAGCAAAUUUUAAUGCAGAGGGUCAGUUAUCUCUGCAGCUGGUAUGGGUAGUUGUAAGAACGUUAUUGAUUGACAGGUGCAGACACUAUCAUCAGUGUCACAGUUACCGGUGUAUGAGAAAGCAGGUCAUGCGUCUCGCCGGACCAACCAAGAGCACAAUGGACAUCUUCCGUAGAAAAAUCAAGAAGCUCGUAGUGCCUGAGUUUUUGAAAAGAAUAUCCUUUCAAUACAAUAAGGCCCCAGCCAUAGCGAAGCCCGAGGUCCGUGUCAAGAGCGACGGCGGACUACCCAGGACCUCAGGGACCUCAAAAUCACGGAGUCAUGAGCAGAGGCAUCACGACUCACCAAAUAGUCGGGUGACUAGUAAAAAAGUCACUAACUAA